CUUUGACAGAACCAAGUCAAAUAAGUGGGCAGUGUGUCACUGUCAUCAGGCUUACCAUCUUGUGGGUGAGCGAAGCGUAUACAAAUCUUCUGCCUACCAACCCUCACUACCAUUAUCAUCACUAGCAUCCCCACUCAUGAUGGAUUGUCCUAGACUCCCUCCUUCUGUGUGUCAUCAUCCUUGAUUCUCUACCCUGACAAUUAUCACAACUCACAGUGAAAGUGUAUGUGUGUGUGUGUGUGAGAGAGAGAGAUAGGAGAACAGACCAGAGCGAGAGAGAGCGAUGGGAGAGCAGACCAGAGAGAGAGAGCGAUAGACUAGCAGACCAGAGAGAGAUUACACUAAGGAGGGAAGACCUGUUGACAUAUAUCUCUCAAGUCAGCCAUGAGGAUCUCCUUCAGGACUGGAAACUACCUCAGAUAACCUGACACCACUGCAAACAAGCAUACAGUCAACGCUGGGGCACAUGGACCAUGACACAACCAGGAUGACUCCACUCUGAGACCCACCAAGAUGCACAGAUUUGGAAUUAUGAACCACAACAGUCUCAACCAGCCUCCAGGAAGUUUUGUGGAGUGUGUAUGUCUAUCAUGAUGUGUUUUUGUUAUGACGAUCUGAUUGGAGGACUGACAGGUGGGAUGACUAAAGAGAGGCUGGAAGAACAGGCUCGUUAGUCUGCGCUGGUACCUAUUGUGAGCUGGCUGGAUCAACCUCGAGGGGGGCUCCCCUAGUAGCCAUGGCUGAGAUGGAGGAGUUCUCCCCCAUGUCCCCGCGGCGCACCCCACGCCGGACCCCCCGUGUGCUGCGCCUGGACCCGUCCCUGCUCCAGCGGCGCGUGUUGGAGGACCAGGUGGAACUGUGGUGGUUCCGCGAGCCGCGGCGCUCCCUGCUCUGCUACUGCAUCUCAGUGUGCCUCGUCCUGGGCUUGGGGCUCGGCGGCGUAGGCCUCCUCUCCACCACCAACAGCCUGUCCGGGGAGUGGCGCCUAGGAGUGGGCACCAUGCUCUGCCUCCUAGCUCUGGCUGUCCUCCUCAAACAGCUCCUAAGCUCCGCCGUCCAGGAUAUGAAUUGCAUUCACAGCCGGAGGCGUAUAGAGUUAAUGAAGAGCGGUGGGCGGGCGGACCCGGUGGUCAUCAUUUUCACCGGGAUGGCUUUGGCACUCUGCGGAGGGGUCCUACUCUACAUGUCGCUGGCCAGCGGGCACCAUCGGCCCGGGCAGCGCCACAGGGAUAUGUUCCUGUCCGGGGUGGUGCUACUGUGGGUAGGGGGCACCACCGGGUUGGCGGUGGCUGGGUACUUGCUGGUAGUGCACCUCCAGCAGAGGAGAGAGAGGAGGAGGUUGCAGAGGCGGAGGAGGGGAGGGAGAGGGUUACGGGGCAGGGCAGUCAGGGUGUUUACGGUCUCCUCUAGUAGAACUAGCCUCAUCUGAGAGUGCAGACCCGGGUCUUGUUCAUUAGGCACCAAACGGCGUUGCCCUAAUGAACACUACCCUUGGUUGAAAUAAUAUUUGUAUUUCUUUAAAAGACUUGAGCUGUGCUUGAUUGAGCUUGCCUGGCGCAAUGGGACCAGAGCCAUAGACACUGUAUACAUCCCAGGUCUGUUGAAGAGGAGAGGAAAACAGGUGAGGAGAGGAGAACAGGAGGUGAAAAGAGGAGGGGAGGCAAGUUAGGAGAGGAGAGACGAGACGAGACUAGGGGACUUAAUAGAUGAAGGGACUUGAGGGGAGGGAAAGAUAGGAAAGGGGUAUCACCACUCACUCUCCCGGGUCUGUAACAGAGUCCUGUGUUUUUUGCUGGCACUGUGACUGCGUCAUCCUGUUGACUAAUGCCCAUUGCAGACCGUGCCCACUAUGCCAACUAUGCCAUUCACCACUGCUGUGUUGUGGGAACCAGGCUGUGCAGGGUGACACCAGCCCCACGGACCCCCAGGACCCUCAGUCACACUGGCCAUUGUUUCUAUCAGUGGCAGAAUGAGCGCUACACUGCCAUCGUCACAAACAAGCCACUCGCAUUGGGGGAGACCCGACCAAGUCACAUUGUUCUAGUUCCUCUGUGUUGUUUUGACUCACUUGUCCUAUUUGAUGUUAUUAUAUUGACCCAAAUUUGGUAGUCUUAUCAGUGCUUAAUUUGUAGAUCGGAAGGUACAGGAACACUUUUUUUGCAUGAAAUCAGGUGACCUGGGGGGCUCAGAGGUACUGGAAAACAUGACAAAAUAGAUUCACCUUUAUAAUAAAGCAUAACGUGCAUAUCGUCGCAUUCAGCUAGUGGCAUAGAGUAGAGGCGCUUACAGAAGUUGCACACAUGGGCAGUGGUGGAAAAAGUACUCAAUUGUCAUA